CUGGGGUGGCACAUCUGUCUUCUCUUUCUGAAUUUCACAAAAAACUCAGACUUCCUGCUACUGUUGAUCUCGUUCCGUUUCUUUUCAUAUCUAUUUUUUAAGCAAACCACAACAAUUGACUAGGCAAGUUUUUCCCCGUUCAGCGACAUGGAGUCCUAUACGGUCUCUGGAGCGCAGCGCUCUCUGUCAGACCUGUUCUCCGUCAUCCCCUUAAACCUAACCUUCCCGGAGGAAGGCGAGGCGAACUCCUCUGAGCCGGAGAGCCGGGUGAGGAGCACCGGGGAGAUGGCCAUCGCCGUGUCCAUCACAGCGCUCUACUCCGUUAUUUGCUUGGUGGGUCUGCUGGGCAACGUCCUGGUCAUGUACGGAGUUGUCAGAUACACCAAGCUAAAGACUGCUACAAACAUCUACAUCUUUAACCUGGCCUUAGCUGAUGCCCUGGCCACCAGCACACUGCCAUUCCAGAGUGCAAAGUACCUCAUGAACACCUGGCCUUUUGGGGAAGUCCUGUGCAAGCUCAUCAUCGCCAUUGACUACUACAACAUGUUCACAAGUAUCUUCACACUAACUAUGAUGAGUGUGGACCGCUACAUUGCUGUGUGCCAUCCUGUAAAGGCAUUGGGCUUCCGGACGCCAACCAAGGCAAAGAUGAUCAACGUCUUGAUCUGGGUUUUAUCGUCUGCUGUUGGUGUGCCAAUUAUGGUUAUUGCUGUGACCAGAAUGACAGAAACCGGUAACAUUACAUGUAUGUUAAAAUUUCCUGAUCCUGACUGGUACUGGGACACCGUGACUAAGAUCAGCGUGUUCAUCUUUGCCUUUGUGGUUCCUGUGAUGGUCAUCACAGUUUGUUAUGGUCUGAUGAUCCUUCGUCUGAGGAGUGUUCGUCUGCUCUCGGGCUCAAAGGAGAAAGACCGUAACAUGCGACGAAUCACCCGCAUGGUCCUGGUUGUAGUGGCAGCCUUUAUUAUCUGUUGGACCCCCAUUCACAUUUUUAUAAUCGUGAGGACAAUCGUGGACAUCAACACCAGGAAUCCAUUCGUAAUAGCUAGCUGGCACUUGUGCAUUGCCUUGGGUUACACCAACAGUAGCCUAAAUCCUGUCCUGUAUGCAUUUCUGGAUGAAAAUUUCAAGCGAUGCUUCAAGGAUUUCUGUCUGCCAUGUCAAACGCACAUGGAGCAGAACAGUUUGACAAGCGCCCGCAACACCACAAGGGAGCCAGUGUCCGUCUGUGUCCUACAGAGGCAGGAAGGAAGCCUGCAUGACUAGCAAUGGAGAGGAUCCCCAAAAGCUCGAGGAUCCACCAAGACCCACAAUCACAGGAAACUUUAAUCUCGACAACAGAGUUCUGAGGGACUAUAACACUGAGCAACAUUGUAAAGGUACUGAUUGUCCUCAAUGAGGGUGAACUCAAUGUAAUUUUGAGCCUUUCUAAAAAGCUGAUGUUGUUCCAUGCAAACACAGAGAUUUUAUGACAAUUUCCAAAGCAAAGGAUUAUGCCGAAUAAUUAUGAAACUGAGUCUUUUCAGUUUUUGGCACAAAGAAGGACAGGAAAGAGUUUUUCAAGAAAACAGCGAAUGCCAAUACUCUUGGAGAGAAAACUUCAUAUUGUGGCUUCUGCAGAAAAGCAACCAUAUCAGAAGAAAAACAUUUUUCUUAUUUUUUGGCUUCAACAAAUAAAAUUAGAAACUCACAAACUUACAAACCGACUAUGAAUUGUGAUGUAUCAUUUUCUUCUGCAGUUUUUCUUUUUUUAAAGAAAGGAAGCCACAAAGAACUGUGUUGGAGGAGAACAAGUAAUUAGUGUUGUUAUGAUUAACAAUGUAAUCGCAAUUUACUGGAUUUUAGUGUGGCUUAAAAGAAUAGAAAGUUAAUGAAGCAUUCCAUGCUUGGAUUACUAUUAGUUUAUAUUGGAAUACAUGCUUUCUCUUUCUUACUGUGUUUGUAAGAUCAAAACAACAAUGGAUGAAUGUAAUGUACUCAGUGAAUUCACAACAAUAGAUAACAAAUCUCCAAAAAGUCUCGCCUAAUAACUAUGUGGAAUGUUUACUAGGCAUUGGGACAGAUUCAGUAAGUGGUGACUAACUCUUUGAAAAUUAACCCCCCUUAAGUCAUUAUCACAUGAAACCAACUUUAAAAACCUUCAUGAAAGCCAAAAUGAUGAUAAUAAAUAUGACAAGAUUCUGCUUCAUCAAUGAUGAUUAAUAACACAUGUCAGAUCAAGAUCAAAUGUGGGUUUUUUUUCAGGAAUGUAAGGUUAUACCUAGGGCUGCAAC